AUGGCAUUACGACAAGUUGAUCUGGAUAUUGUGUCUCACGAAGCUUGUAAGUUCGCUUACGACAAUGCUGACAGACCAAAGAUCAGUGAGAUUACGGAAAAUAUGAUGUGCGCUGGUGGCUCUAUACAGCACGAUAGCUGUAAUGUAAGUAAUAUCUAUCUAUCUAUCUAUCUAUCUAUCUAUCUAUCUAUCUAUCUCACACUGUUCGUAUCUGUCUAUUUUACUCUGUUAAUAUCUAUCUAUCCAUCCAUAUAUGUUCAUAUUUAUCUAUCUCACUCUGUACAUAUCUAUCUAUCUAUCUAUCUAUCCAUCCAUCCAUCUAUUUUCAUAUCUAUCUACGCUCAUGUCUAUCUCACUCUGUUCAUAUCUAUCUAUCUAUCUAUCUAUCUAUCUAUCUAUCUAUCUGUGACGUCCCCCCGGUGUCGCUCCACACGUACACUUUCUCGUAGAGAUGUUCACUCAUAUCGCAGCUUCAUCCAAAUCUUCUUUCGUUACACUACAAAAGAUCUGCAACAUUCAAACUUUUCUAUCUAUUGGCAGCACAUAUGCUUCGGGGAGUCUGGAGACAAUAUAAUAUUGAGACCAUUUUUUUUUCCUAAAAAACCAAGAUGA